GUCAGGCUCGGUGCCUGCGGGUUAAUCCAGUAGGACGAGCCUCCCGCUCCCUGACGGAAACAGCUGCCGCCUCCCAUCCUCUAAAUCCCCACCACUCCCAGCUGGGGCUGUGGUGUGGUUUGGAACCUUGGAAUGCCAGGCUCCGUAUCCUUCAAAGUGGGAUGCCAUUGGAAUCAUCUUCCUCUUGGAUGCCACCAUCUCUCCCUUCUCCCUUACCCUCAGUGCCACACAGUGUCACUAACUCUUCCCCUCCCCCGAUGUCUUACAUAACUUCCCAGGAGAUGAAGUGUAUUCUCCACUGGUUUGCCAGUUGGUCAGGGCCCCAGCGUGAACGUUUCCUACAAGACUUGGUAGCUAAGGCUGUUCCAGGAAAGUUACAGCCACUACUGGAAGGUCUGGAGCAGCUUAGUGUGUCUGGAGCAUACCGACCACCUUGUAUCUUUGAGUGCCAGCUGCGUCUUUGGGAUCAGUGGUUUCGAGGUUGGGCUGAACAGGAGCGCAAUGAAUUUGUCAGGCAGCUAGAGGUCAGUGAGCCUGACUUCGUGGCAAAGUUUUACCAAGCAGUUGCUGCUACAGCUGGUAAGGACUGAUAGACAUAAAGCGAAAGAAGAUGACCAAAGCUGAGGAUCAAAAGCCACAAUACUCUACAGCUCAAACUUCAAAUGUGUCAAUUAAAGGUGCGGGGCUGGUAUCCCAAUCAGCUGACUGAACUUGCUGAGCACUGUUGACCUGGUAUUUCAACGUUAACAGCAUAUGAACUGAACUCCUAGUGUAAAUGUUUUCCAGCUCAGCAAAUUCAGAUCAAGAGUCUUCCUCCUCUCUUGCUUUCCAGGAAAUGUCAAACCCUUAAUGAUUUAAUGACUUCUUUUGCAACUAUAAUUGAAAGGAAUUAACACAUUAUAGCUCAAGCUGAUUGCUGGCCCAAGGAGUUUAAAGCAAAGCUUGCCCUACUCCCAAAACAAGAUAGGAGAAUAAUAAAAGACUGUGUUUUUAUGGGUUAGCUGGGUUCAGGUGACUGAUUUCACCACCCUUACAGAGUCUAGCAUAAUUAUGUGACAUCCCAACCACUGGCUUUUCUAAUGAUGGGUUGGUAAAAUUAUGGAAACUCAGGAGAGGAAGAUAACUAACCUUUCCUCCAUACUGAUGUUUGUUUGAACCCAAAGAAAGUGAUUUUCUAAAGCCAUGUGAUAUUUUUGGUGCUGGCAGCAGUUAUUUCUAUUCUGUAAUGCUUCCUGACAAUAUAAACAAGCUCUUGUAAAGGUU